AUGGAAUUUUCCCAGUUUCUCCACCCGUUGAUCCAGAAAUGCAGACAUCGAUACGGCAGUUGCUCAUUAACACUAGAAAUGCAAAAUCUUCGUGUUGAAUUAAACGAUAUUCCAAAGCAACAGGGAGAUAAAAGUGAAAUUGAAGCAAAUGCUGAAACCACCACCUUACGAGUAGCAUCUGCUGGAAAAAUAUUGACCGCGAAAGCAGGCGAGAUAAAAGCAAAAAAGAAAGAAAAGGAACUAAUUCGCAGAAAGAUUCGAAAUAUCUUGAGGUCGUUUGUUGACGAUUUCAUUGAUGAUCAAACAACGUUCACUCGCCUUGGCCUUGAUUCCUUCCAGCUGGCUUCAUUUGAAAUAAAACUAAGAAAAGUAGUCGGAAAUCAAUAUGACAUUCCAGAAGGUUGUGUUUUUGAGCACAGUUGCGUCAGCCAGUUGACAGAAUUCUUAACAACUAGCAAAGCACAGCAAGGAGCCGAUAUCGCCAAAAGUAUUUUAGCCGCAACUGUUAGAAACAACCAUAAAAUACCUCUAAGCAUUUCACAAAGACAAUUGGUUUUUAUGGCUAUAUACGAAAAAGAAAAUAAUUUGCAGUUUAUAGAAUGCUACUCAAUGAAUCUGAUAGAUUUAGACCUUGUUCGGUUACGGCACGUCCUAAACAGAAUGACUGCAAGACAGAACAUCUUACGUACGGUUUACAGAGUAGACAGUCAAACGGUUCUUUCGUUAACAGAGUCGUAUUUCUGUCUGUACUCAAGAGCUGAACUGCAAAAUUCUGUAGAAUUAAAUAUCUUCCAAAAGCCUCCCGUUGCGUUCUACUUAAGAGAGCGAAGUGGUUUUUGCCAGCUGGUUAUAACCAUGCAUCACAUAAUGACCGAUGGUUUCUCGAUGAAUAUAUUCGCUCGUGAAUCACUGGAACUGUAUCAGCAAAAGGUUUUACAAAGGCUUAAAAGCAGCUUCGCUGAGUUAACUUUAAAGGAACUCAAAGAGUUAGAGAAUGUAAACAAUUUGGAAUCACGAAAAAAGUUUUGGCGUGAAAUUUUUGCUGACAAAGCACUGAGUGAAAUACCUACUGACAAGUUGGACGGAAAACUGUCGCUUCGAAGAGGUCAGUAUCUACGUAUACAACUGGAGAAAAAUACCAAUUGUUACCUGAAAAAACUGAGAGACGCAUGCGACGUCACGUUAUUUUCAUGUUUAGUAGGUACGUUUUAUAUCAUGAUCAAAAUUUUGUUUGGAAUUGAGGACUUCUGCAUCGGAAUACCUGUUACAAAAAGAAAUGAUGAAGAGUCACGUUCAGUAAUGGGCUGUUUUGUCAACCUUGUGCCUUUACGAGCGAAAACUGGUAGCAACGAAACAGUAAAAAAAUAUUUCCAAAAAAUUUUAAAGCAGAUCACGAUAGCUAUAUCAAACCAGCUGCCAUUUAACGACCUAAUCAAAACCAUCGAUCCAAAAAAAGAAUUUACAACAGCAAAUCUGUUUCAAAUAAUGAUAGUUUUAGACUCUUUCGACCCUAUUACCGCAGCACCCCAAAGAACACCGCAAUUUCAUUUAAUAAAGGAGAGCACUGGUUUUGUUAAAUAUGAUCAAACAUGGUAUUUCGAGGCUCAAGGUAAAGAUAUUUCUGCAAUUACUGUUGAGUACAAUUCUGACGUGUUUUACAGAAAUACAAUCACAAUGCUUGUAAAGAAAUUUUUAAAUCUAAUCAAAAAACUGAACUUCCAUCUUAAAGAUCCUAUUCAACAUGUACAUAUUGAAAGCCCAAGUGAUAAAAUGAGCACUUAUUGCAAAUACGUAGAAAAUGUUUGUGAUUUCCCCUUCGACAAAACAACAGUACAAAUUUUUGACCAACAAAAUAUUCGGAAGCCUUGCUGCACUUCUGUUAUAUAUCAGUCCUCAAAGUACUCGAUUGAUUACCUAAGAAACCAAUCAAAAUGUAUUGCAAUGUCCCUUCAAAAUGAAUACGUCAAAUACUAUGGUGAGUUUGCAAGACCGGACACCACAAUAGCCCUUCUAAUGCGACGAUCACCAAAUAUGGUGGCGGCAGUACUAGCCGUCUGGAAAUGUGGCCUCGCCGUGGUACCUCUCAGCAUCGAAUGGCCUGACUAUUUGAUUGGAUCUGCUUUGAAACAAAUCGGAAAUCCGCCAUUACUUUUUUCCAGCCAAAUUUCUAAUGCUAAAGAAAUCUACGGUCUAACGCUUAACUGCGACGUAUCACACGGCUUCGUUAACAUAUCUGCUUGUAAACAGCUGCGAAGAUGUCAACAAGCACAAAACUUGGCGUAUGUUACUUUCACAUCUGGAACAACAAAUAAACCGAAAGGUGUCUGUACAAAUUUUACAGGCUUAAACAACUUAAUACUGAGUUAUACAGAAACGCUAGCCAUUAGUACAACAAGUUCAGUAUAUCAAGUCGUAAACUAUGCUUUUGACAUAUUUUUCGCAGAUUUCUCAGAAUCCUGUGCUAAUGGUGCUCAGCUGGUGCUUGCAGAAAGUCAGAUCCCUGCUAAAGAUGAGUUACAAUCCGUAACUCACGCUUACAUAAUGCCUGCUUACUUGGCAUCUUUGAAAAAAGACAGUUUCCCUUCCCUGAAAAAUUUGUUGAAGCUUCAUUUUGGUGGAGAACCGCCAUCAACCAACUUUUUGUACGCUGCCAUCAGCAGUGGAAUAGAUGUAUACCAACAGUACGGUUUGACGGAACACACAGUUUACUCGACCUUACACAGAAUGAAAUUUGGCGAUCACCCGCGGUCAAUUGGGAAACCGAUAAAAAAUACAUUCUUGAUGAAAGACGAGUCUUCUGAUCGUUGCUGCGUUUUCGGAAUUGGUCUGAGCCGUGGUUACUUUGACAAUGAAAAAGCAAACAGAGCAAGUUUCAAGGAAAAAAAUUUCCAUUUUGAAAAUUCUUCACUCUACCAGCCGCGGCCAUACUUCUUAACAGAAGACAAACUGAAAUUUGAUGCCAGCGGCUAUGCGCAAUUUUGCGGACGACUUGAUAGAGUGCAAAAAAUACGAGGUAUGACAGUAAACCUAGUUGAGCUUGAAAAUCAAAUUUCUGCUUUACCCCAAAUACUUAACUGUAGCGCCAUUCUUCUUCACCUUGAUGGCUCUACUUCUAUUGCCAUCUGCGUAACAUUAGACGAGUUUUCCUCUGCCUGUACCAACAAUAAUAUAAAUGAGAUAAUAAAAGUGCAGCUUUCACAAAGAGUACCAGCAUAUAUGGUACCUUCAAAAAUCCUUGUUUUACAAGAAAUACCAACCAAUUCGAAUGGCAAAACUGAUAUCACCGCGAUCAAGGCACUGAUAGAUGCUGAGAACGAUAAGCGUAAAACAGAAGAAGUCCUCUAUAACAAGGAUCAACAUCCGGAAGACAAAAUUUUCCACAAGCUCAUUGAGGAAUCAUUAAAUAAAACUGAAAUAGAUUAUGCUAGUUCAUUUUUUGAGAACGGAGGAGACUCCUUGAAAGCUCUGAUGCUGCAACAGAGAAUUGAAGAAACUCUUUUUAUUAAUUUUAAUAUAAAAGAAAUUUUUGAUUCAUCUACAACUAUUGAAAUAAUCGACAAAAUUAAAGUGAAACAGAAACAAAAAAGGAUAUUAAUUCGACAAGAAAUAGAAAAAUCGAAAAUAGCCACGUACGAUACAACGUCAUAUAACAUGCCUAUGAAACGUAUUCCCUUAAGUUUUCAACAAGAAGGCCUUUGGUUUCUGCAUCAGCUUUCAGAGGAAGUUAAUAAAAGCUACAUAAUUUAUCUGCAAGUUACAAUAAACAAGGUGGUAGAAGUGCUAACAAUGCGUACCUUGUUGAAUCACAUUGUUAUGAAACAUCCAUUGUUAAGGACCCAAAUCGCUGCUAUUAAAGUCGAGCCAGAGCAAAGCGUAUUGUCUGGAACAGAGUCGUACUUCAGUUCAGUUCCUGCAAAUUUUUAUUCGAAAAACUGUUGGUUCGACGAUUUGACUCCAUUCGUUCCACUGAAAAUCAAAACCGCUGCUGAUAGUAAGAGCACGUGUAUCUUUCUCAGUGUUCACCACAUUCUAAUUGAUGGGUAUUCUCUACAAAUAAUAAAAACCGACUUGUCCAAAGCCUACAUAAACCUCGUAAAUCAUUUUCCUCUUUACAAAAAUAAGUACCAAAAUAAUCCUCAAGACAUUAGAUAUUUUCUUCACUGUAAACUGCAAAAAGCGCAUGAAAAUGACUUGUUGUCUGAAAGUCGGAAAUGGGCAAAGUUUUUUGAAAACACCGACCCACUGGUAAUACCUUGCGACUUUCCAGAAACUAAGCCAUUGAAGACGCUUGCAAGCCGCAUAAGCGUACCUUUAAAUAUGAAAAAGUCUUCUGCUAAACUGUUCUGCAAACAGUACAACUGUAGCACUUUCACUCUGCUGCUGGCUACAUAUACAAUUUUAAUGGGCAGAUUGUCUGGUCAAAAAACGUUCACUGUAGGAAUGCCCGUUGCAAAUCGUUCCCUCAACAACAGCACCACUGUCGGCCUGUUUGCUAAUACUGUUCUCCUGAAAAUUGACACAGUUUUCAACGGAAAAAAUGAAUUUAUUGCUUCUGUAAAAAACUCAAUUAUCCAAUCACUGAAGUGCCAACAUAUUCCUUUUGAAUUUAUCGUACGACAUUUAAAUCCAGGCAGAAGUUCAACAAAUAUUCCGUGUGUUCAUCACUCAGUCGUCAUGCAUGAAGGAUCACAAAUUUCUGUGUUAAAGGAUAAAAAAGUAACAUUCAGUUUCAAAGAAAUCCCUCCAAAGUUUGCAAAAUUUGACCAAGAAUGGUCGUUUACAAAAACUGAAAACAACUACACUCUAACUGUCGAAUACUCCAAGCAGUUUAGCCAACAAAAGAUAAAACAAGAAAUCACCCAAUUUAAGAAAAUUCUUUCCCAGUUAGUCGCCGAUAUGAGAUUACCAUCUGUCCAUAUGUGCUCCAGCCAACUAACGGAUACAUUCGUUACCGCUGAGAAGUCUGUACUUAAGUCAAGAACUGUGAAUGACAAAACUAAUAUUGACUCGCCAAAGGAAGUUAAAAACAGCCUAAAAGAGCCCUAUACAAAAACUUUUCUAGAAGCUCAGGUACGACAGAUAUGGCAACGAGUACUGCAUUGUCAAGUGUCCGUUGAUGAUAACUUUUUUACUUUGGGCGGUCAUUCUUUGCUUGCAGCUAAAGUAUGCUUCGAAAUAAAUAACGAGCUCCACUACAAUUGCCCAAUACGCCUGUUACUCGAAAACCAAACAAUUCAACAGCUAGUCGAAAAACUAUUAACUGCUUCAAGAGAGGAUUUGCCCUUAACAAAGGAAGACUUCACAAGAAAAAUUAGUUUUAAUUCUUCUAUAGCAGUAUGUGAACUGCAAAAACCAAUUUUAGACUUUUGUUUAAACCACCCGCAUGCACUUGCAGCAUACAUCACUGGCUUUACUGUUCAACUAGAACAAGCUUGUAGUUACAGUCGUCUUCAAAAAAGUCUGAACAUGGUUCUCAUGAAGCAUCCGGUUCUGCGAACCUCCUUCACAAACCAUAGUCGAACAGUUCAUUCAGUAGCUCACUCCGGGACCGAAUGCUUCUUAACAGUUCGAGAGUCGCAAGAGGGCAACUGUGAGGUGCCAAGCCCGUUCAAAAAAAUUGCUCUUAUAACAAAGAUUGAAAACCACAAAGGAAGACUGUAUUAUAAGCUUUGGCUCAGUCAUGUACUGGUCGACCAGCAGUCACUGAAAUUAAUAGCUAAAGAUCUAUCGGAAGCUUACAGCGGUAUUAGUGUAAAGCAAAAAAAAACUAUGAGUUAUUCUGAUUACAGCCAAUUUUUAAAAAACGAAAUAGAAAAAAAGAAGAAAAAAGUUGAAACCUACUGGGAAGAUAAGCUUAAAGACAUUGUCAUAGAAGAUUUUACUGUCAUGAAAAGCACUCCAGCCAAAUAUGAUUAUCUCUGCGACCGUCUCAUCGUACACUUCCAAGGUCUCAAUCGUAUUCUUAGGCAACUGGUAAAUGAUUUCAACGUUCCACCUCUCGCUGUUGUGUUAGCUAAAUUUGCAGAAACUCUUUCGGAAAGAACAGCAAAAGGGCAAAAUAUUGUAAUUGCUUGUCCUUUUAGCAUGCGCGCGAAAGAUACACAGAAUACAGUUGGCUUUUUUCUUCAUGCACUUCCUGUAACGAUCAAUCUCAAAAAUACCUCCACCGAGUCAGCUAGACUAUGUCACACUAUGCAAGUGCUGCAAGAAGCAUAUGAUAACUCCAUGGUUUCUACAGAAUUUAUACAAGAAAAAUUAAAAGGACAAACACCAAAAGUAAUGAUAACAUUUGAAGAGAGCGUUAACGGUGAUGACUUACUCAACAAUUGUAAAAUUAAAGAGGACGAUGGCAAUAAAAGUUAUACUAAAUAUGAACUAACAUUUUUUCUUAAAACAGUCAACGAUGACAUAGAAAUAAAGGCCGAAUUUAUGAAGAGCUUAUUUAUCGUUGAAGUAGUAAGGGAUAUAGUGAACGAGUGGGGAAAACGAAUUUCUAAGACGAUGAAAAGAGAAACUUUAACACAAGACCCAGAGAGCCCUGUCGUUGAAGACUUGCCGAAAGCAACUCUCCCGCACCUGCUCCAGAAAACAACGACCUUAGCCCCUUCAAGAUUGGCAAUUUCAAACAAAGGUCAAACUUUGACCUACUCAUCAAUGUUUUCUGCAAUAAACAGAAUAACGAAGGAAAUAAAGCAAAAAGCUGUUUGCCUUUUAGGAGAGUUCCUGAGAAGAGAUACAAUUGUUCCAGUUAUAGCAAAGAAGUCUUUAGGAAGUAUCUUCUGUUGUUUGGCUGCUUUAAACGCUGGAGCGUCUUAUCUUCCUAUUGACGAAACUAACCCAAAGAAAAGGAUCAACACAAUUCUCCGUAAAGCCGGCGCUUCCUUCUAUUUAGCCAACGCCAACCAGCAACUUCUGCCUACUAUUCCAGCGAUUGUAAACUUCGAUAAAUUAUCUGCUCAUCCAGAAAGUACCAAAACGUUCCGAAAGAAUCUGGGAAUUAACGAUAUCGCAUAUACAAUCUACACCUCUGGUACAACUGGAGAAGCUAAAGGAGUCGUUAUCGAAAACGGCAGUCUCGAGGUUCAUCACUUUAGCAUCACACAUGCUCUUCUCUUCCCAAGCCUUGUCGAAGUGUUUGAACGAGAAGAAUUGUUGGAGUUGAGGAAAUUACGAUACUGGAUAGUGGGUGCAGAAAAAAUUUCAGGAAAAACGCUUUACAAAGCAAUUUCAGAUGGAACUAAAAUUAUACAAAACUACGGUCCAACAGAAUCAACAGCUUAUGCCCUUUUUAGACGCAUGCAUAUCUGCGACCAUCCUAAUAACCUCGGAAAAUGCAUAAACAAUGCAAACAUGUUUAAUGCAAGAGACUUUUCACGGAAGGCACCCAAUUUUACAAUUAACGAACUAAUCCUCCAGGGCACUAAUCUCAUGCGAGGUUACUUAGAAAGUACAAUCAAUGCUAACUCCAAAACCAAAAAACCCAUAAAGAGUUAUGCAACUGGAGAUCUCGUACGCAGAUUACCUGAUGGAACAGUAGUUUUCAUUGAAAGAAAAGAUAACCAGAUUAAACUACGUGGAUUUCGAAUUGACUUAACUGAGAUUGAAGCGGUUAUUUCCCAAUUAUCCUGUGUAAGACAAUCAAAAGUGAUUCUUAAAAAACCAGAAAAACGUCUUGUAGCAUUUAUAACUCUAAAAUGCAAAAACAAAGAUCUUAAGGACGAGGACAUUCUAAGUCACUGUAAGGAACGUCUGCCGUAUUAUAUGGUACCAACUCACUGUUUUCGAAUUGACAGUUUACCAUUAACUGACAAUUCAAAAACAGAUUUUAGAUGUCUCGAACGAAUUGCACAGUCGAUAAGUAAGACUGUUCAAGUUCAAGAGCCAGAAGGUCAUACGGAACGCAAGUUGCUAAAAAUUUUCCAAGACGUAUUAAAUGAAAAGUAUCUGUCGGUUAAUGACGAUUUCUUUUCUCUUGGUGGCAAUUCGUUAACGGCUCGGAAACUGAUAGAAGCCGUAGAAACACUUUUUAAAGUCCAGCUUUCAAUGAAGGACAUCACCGAAAAUAACACCGUCAGGAAAAUGAAAGUUUUAGUUGAAGUCAGGAGUUUCAAGUCAAAAGAACCUCAAGUAGGUCAAUCUUUUGACGAGGUGAAGUAUGACAGGAAGGCGCAAAACCUCCACAUAAUGAGCUACGAACAGCAACAAGUUUAUUACCUAAACAGCACGACGCAAGCUUGCUACUACAACCUUUUAUUCAGUCAAAAAUUCCCAUCCGCCAUUAACUUCAAACAUUUCUGCCACUCCUUUCAUCGCAUUGUCUUAAAACAACCAUCGUUAAGAACCGUAUUCAGAAAAGUCAAACUCAGUUUUUUCCAAUUUCUUCUUUCUGGUACAGAAGUUUACUUCCACCCGCAUAUUGAAUAUUCGGAAAAUAAAAUCAAGAAGCUAGUAACCGAACUCGAAAAGCAUAAAUUUGAUUUGUCUCUGGCUCCCCCCUUAAAAUGUUUAUUGCUCAAAGACAGUGGCAGUUUCACGGUCUUCAUCGUGACCAACCACAUUAUCAGUGAUGCGUGGUCUACACAAAUUCUGGAAAGAGAACUGAGUAAUAUAUAUCAAGCAACGCCGAAUAGCGUUAGUUGGAAGAAAACGCUCAGUUACAGCUACAUAGAUUAUGCUCAUAACCAACAAAGUGAAAUAUCUAGAAAGGAAAUAGAAGCAAAAAAUGAGUUAUAUGCCGAAAGUCUUAGACCAUAUAUCUCUGAGAGUAAAACUCUGUGGCGCAGUGAAACUGAAAAUAAUUUUAUGGUUUCAGAUUUCCGGUCCUAUCACGGCUCCUUGAGCGGAAAUAAUUAUGAAAAACUGUUACAAUUUUGUAGCACUUUUAAGUGUUUCCCAUCAUUAAUUUUCCUAACUGCAUUAACAUUUGCUAUUCACAUGAAAAUGAAAAUUUCCACAAUAAUUGUCGGUAUAGUGACCGCUAAUCGUAAUCAUCUCAAUGCCGAUAUUAUAGGUAACUUUUUAAACACCAUUCUGGUUCCGUCCAUCAACAAUUAUAACAAAAACCGCAGCGUAACUAAUCACUUGAUACAGUUAAAAAAAUUUGCCGAACCAGUUCAAGACUACCAAUCAGUGCCGCUUUUCCAGUUAUUAAGAAAAAUAAGAAAACUAACAAAAAAAAGAUUUACUCCUGAAAUCAUUUUUAACUGCCGUUACGAUUUGGAGGACGGUACAGUUAACAGUAUGUCAGUUCCAAACGUUCCAAUGCCGAACAAAUGUGCCUAUGCAGUGGAAAUGGAUGUUGAUUUUGUAGACGGAAAAUACGAAUGGGCACUAAGGGUUCAUGAGAAAACAAACCCAAAAUUGCAAGAAAAGUCAUUUGCUGCCUUUCUAGAAAGUAGUCUUCUGGAACUCAUACAUAUGCCCAACGCAGAAGCAACGCUUUCAAAAACUUUUGAUUCGUGCAUUGUGACUAAACCAGAAGAAUGUAAGCAACCGCUUCCGUGUUUCCCCUCCAAACAUGUCAACAUUGGCGACAAGUUAAGGGAGAUAUGGCACUGCUGUUUGCUAGGCACAGAUUUUUCAGAAACGGACGACUUCUUCCUGAUCGGAGGCGAUUCUAUAAGCUUUUUAAAGCUACAUCAUCUGAUCAUAGCUACUUUCCAUAUCGACCUCUCCUUAGAACAACUCACCUGUGCCAGCUCAUUUGACUUAAUGCAGCAGUUUAUAGAACAGAACAUUGGCAAACAGCGAUGCUGUACAUGGUGUGCAGAGCCGUCCGCCCUAUCGAGCGAAAUAGUGCUCAAACUAAAUUACAAGAACAAGCAAGACUCAGCAAUUGUAUUUUUUCAUCCGCUUUUCGGAGGAGUUAUAUUCCCUUACUGCCAUUUGUUGAGAAGCCUUAUAGAGCUCGAUGACAGUUUAACUAUUUUUGGCUUACAACAUCCAAACUCAUUUAGCGAAAACUCAUCUGAUCCGAGGGUAUCCUCCACACUUGAAGAACUCUGCAAAGUCUACUCGGAAAGACUGUCCAACGUCAUUGGUGGUGGACUAAAGUGUGUCUUUAUUGGUGCAUCACUAGGAGGGAUUUUAAGCUACGAAUGUGCUCACUAUUUAAUGAGCCAGGGUAAGUAA